UACCAAGGGAACUUCGAGAACAAAUUUUGGCUGAGAUGCACUUCGCGCCUGGAGAGUUACCCUUCAAAUACACGAGUGCCGCUUUCUUCUAAGAAGCUAACAAUCAGUCAUUGUAUGCCUCUAGCUGAGAGGAUAGUUGCAAGAAUCAAAUGUUGGAGCACGAAAUUUCUGUCAUAUAGAGGAAGAGUCCAAUUAAUCAAAAGUGUCUUGUUUGAGAUGCAAACAUAUUGGGCUUAGAUGUUCCUACUACCAAAAAAGAUACUCACGCUGGUCACGAGUAUGUGCAGGAAUUUUCUCUGGACGGGCUCAAAUGAAUACACAAGAAGACCUCCUAUUAGUUGGGAUACUAUGUGCCAACCCAGAGCAACAGGGGGACUGAACAUUAUCAAUUUUUUUCUAUGGAACAAAGCAACAAUAUAUAAACUCCUGUGGCCAGUAGCAAAAAAGAAAGAGAAGCUAAGGGUUUUGUGGGUGCAUACGUAUUAUAUAAAGAAUGUUGAAUGGUCAUCAGUAGACACACCAAAACAGGAUAGUUGGCUCAUAAGGAAAGUGUUCGAUGCUAGGAAUUGGCUUGAUGCCGAUGUAAAUCCUAACCUUGCUAUUGACAGCUUCACUGUGCAGGGCAAAUUCAGCAUAAAGAAAGUGUACAAAGAUAUGUUGCCAAGGUAUCCUAGAACUGAAUGGAAGAAGUUGUACUUGGUGAAGGGCAUGCUGCCUAGGCACCAAUUUGUGCUAUGGCUAGCACUGCACAAAAGACUGUCUACCAUGGACAGAUUGAGCAGCUGGGGAAUCCAAGUGCCAGUUGAGUGUGUUCUCUGUGGCACCACUGCCAUGGAAACGCACGACCAUUUAUAUUUUGGAUGUGCUUAUUCCAAAGGCAUUUGGCAACAAUUGGUAAAAUGGACAGGUAUACAGGCAGGUGGAAGGCUGGCGCAAGAGGUGCACUGGGUGAAUUCACAGGUGCGCCACAAUCGAGCAAAAGGCGAUUUAAUAGCCUUUAUAUUUGCUGCAGCAGUCUACCAGAUGUGGAUGGAGAGAAAUGGCAGAAGAUUUCAACAACGGAGUCGAGAUGCUACGUUGAUUGUUAAAGACAUUAUUAUGCAAGUGUUUAUUAAGGGGCAAAGAAUAGUUCACUGA